GGCAGUGAUCAUGUUCUGCACGUGUUGCGCUCCAUUCCUAACUCAGGAACUGUAGUGGUCGUUUGGCGCUGGCCUUGUGAGUCGGUUGAAAUUCUGCAAGAAAUACAGCAGUGUUUGGAUGAGAACGAAUGGGAAGGCUACAGAAUCAAAGUGGCGCCAAUUCCCUGUGAGCCACCUUCCAUGAUUUAGACAAACUUCGCUGCUCACUUGUUCAGGCCAGGAAAGGAAACGACUUUUACCUGCUGCGGUCGGGCAUACAAGUUCUUUCUGACUGUCAGACAACAGCAGAUCUUGUUGGCACACCUGCUGAUUGUCAGCGCCUUUGUUGUGAUGCUGACCCUGUAUUACCUCUUGUACAAAAUGGUGUACCAACGAGGGUAUCACCCAGAGCAAAUCCUGACUAGGCUUGUCACCUGGUGUUGUGCUCUUGGAAAUGUACUUCUAAACCAAUUGGUAUGGUUUGCCUCCCAGCAAGUGGGCUAUCGUGUCAAGACGCAUUGUGACACAUUUGUUCUGACUUGGUAUACCUUGGUGGUGUUCACCAACAUGGGAUUUAAUUUUUUUGUAAUCUGCUGGACAGCUGGUUCAGUGCCGCGAGAUCCUAUUGCAGCAAUUCACUUUGAAUCUCAACUGGGCUCAGCACUUGUUGCAUUCUUGCGAGGCUCCCUGAUUUCGUAUGCUAUUUGGCCAUUGUAUUAUCCUUUCUACUGGUUGAAAGGCAUGGCACAAGUGCUACGUUUGCACCUGUUUCGAGAUAGGUCCGGAGUCACAGAAAGAAGGUGUAAAUGGUUGGCUGAAGGUGUUGCUGAGCCUCCAGAGUGGUAUAUGCAGUAUGACUAUGCAGGAAUCGUGGUGUUGGAAGCAACAUCGUUCAUGUGUCUUUUCCUAUUUGGCUUUGAUUCUUGGCGAGUCUUUUCUUGGGAUGUUAUGUGGGCAUGUGGCAUCUACUUCUUAAACAAGUACAUUUAUCUUGGGCUAAGCAAAGAAACCUUUUACACGUCGCGAACUCUUGACACUUCCGUGCUCGAGUUGAUGUCCAUGUCGCUUGGAGUCUUGGCUGGAUGUGUUUGUCAUUGGGGAUUCAGAGCUGGCCGUCCUGCAACGUUCAUAGUGCCGGUCUCAAUCUUUUCCCUGCUCUACUUGUGGGCUUUCGAUCGCAUUAUGCAAUCUGACAAAGGGCAAAGCGGGCUCAGAAGUUCAGCAGAAAGGGUUUGGUAUGACGACUUACCAUACGAGCAGCUUGAGCGUAUGUACCCUUUUAACUGGUUCAACGUGAACCCAGUUCAUAUGAUGCGGAUCUUGCAUGGAGUAGACCAUUCGGAGCAAUCAGGUUGCUUCCACCAGCAGGUCGUAUGGCAACCUGGUCGAAGUUAUUUGCAACCAGAUCUUUGCUUCGAUUAUGGUCAUUAUGGUGGCGAAUGCCGGGAACCAGAUACAGACAGUGAUCAGAGAGAUCAGAGAGAUCUUGAUUUGUUCACUGCGCUCACAGAAGUGCAAGCUGAAGCAAGACGAGUUGCCUCAACCCAUGCUGUCUCAAGGACAAACUCUCCAUACCUAGUCGCAGCAUCUCCAACGCAGACUGCAAGGACCCCUCAAUGCCCUCCUCUGCCUCCUCCCCCUACGGCGACAUUUAGGACUGUCUGUGGUCCAUUUGAACCAGAGCGAACACGCACUGAAAGCUUGUCAGUAGACUGCUUUAGCACAUCCCAACGUCCAACACAGCCCAGCCGCUCCGUGUAGCUCGACUUUGGAGAAUCGACACAGUCAAGACAUGACGAUACGACUAUUGAAGUGACUACUGGAUACAUCACUACUCAAUGUUACCGCUGUGCGUCCGAACUCCUUGAGCAGCGCAGCGAUGCCACAAGAUCCACCGCAGGUGCAGAUCUGCCCUCGACGGCUUCCUCUACCAGGCCAAAGGAACGAAGCUCAUGCAAUGGUGUAAGGAUGUGCAAGGAUGUGCAAGGGCAGUCAUUUCUAAACGAUGGCGAACCAAAAUAGUGAGGAAUGCAGAUCUUCUAUAGCUGGAGCAGAGCUAUGCCUUGGUUGCCGAAACUUGCGACGUGC